AAAGCCUUGUGUGAAUACUCCAACUGCUUGCUACUCUUACCUCCCAGCAACAUUGCAAUGAGACGAGAUGUCCAAGAGGGCCAGGCUCGGUGUUUAUCUCGCUUAGGAAGGCACAAGGAGGCUCUGGAUAUUGCAGAAAAAAUGAGAAACAGUGCUACUAACACAGAUCACUUAACCACGGUUCUCAACCUGCAGUUUGCCAUUUACCAGGGCCUGCAAAACGUAGAAGAAAAGAUCAGGUGUCUGCAGCAACUGAUCUGCUUACAUCCUUUCAACCCCUGGUACUGGAAGUUACUUGCUGAAGCUUAUAUGAGCCUUUUACAGAACUUUUCUCCAUUAGUCAUUCCAGAAGCAUGUCUAAGUCAGUCUGAAGAGGUUGGUGUCAGUGAUAGUAGUUUCAAAACAUCGACUGAAAGAGAGGUUAAUUUGCAGCCUUACAGAUCAGAUGGCCAGAAAGAAGGUCCUUGGUCCGGCCUUGCUGCAGAAACAAAGGGGGAGAAUACAGUGACUUGCAGCAGCAGCCAAGUGAUGAAAGAAUUCCUCUGUGCUUCAGAAGAACUGGAAAGGGUGGACGAAAGGGAGUGCAGAGAUUCUGAGUCCUGGAAGCAGAACAUGUCGAAGAAAGCUGGGAUAAAGGCAUGUGCCUCAUUUAUUAGAGCAAGGCUUUUACUUCAGCUUAUUGAGUCGCAACAGUCGUCCUUUGUGCUAGAGAGUAACAGGAAAGGUCAAGAAGACAUUGAUGACAAAGUGGCACGACUAGGUUUCGAUGAAGACUCUUUGCUGUUGAUGACCAAGGUUAUGGAACAGGAUCUCAUACCAGAAAAACUGAAAGAGGAGUUUCAAGGUGAGGUAAAAUGCAUAGGCCCUUCAGCAUUGUCAUCAUUGGUAACUGCUUCAGCCACAGAAUUUGAAAUCAAAUGGUUCAGUACUCUCCAAGAUGAUUUGUGCCACUUUGACAGACAAUUCUAUUCAGAUACAUAUCUCCCACCUUCAGUAACUUAA